UGGCUGCGGAUGGAAACUUUAAGUAGCACAGACAUCUAAAACUGAAACACUCCAAACGUAAUGAAAGGAUUAGAAACGUCAAAGUUGAUGCGCGUGAACGCUGAUGCCAGAAGUGUUCGCAGGACCGAGGAGCACUUCGCACGAGACGCAGCCCUCCAUCCGUCAACUGUGUAAGCACGUGCCGCUUCCACAGUGAGCGAGCACGCGCAUAGGCGGAGUCUCGAGCGUGCACUCGUGCACAUUGCCAGGCUGCUGUGUCCACAGGAGGACCAAGAGGAGGAGGAGGAGGAUGAAGAUGACGACUGCAGCGGACAUGGCGGGCCUGCUCCUCUUCAUCUUCAUCACGCUGAUGGCGUUCCCGCUGUCCCAAUCUCAGUACCACCAUCAAAGUCCAACCCAGGAAUUAGUCCCACCCAGACCUGAGCUGGUUCCGGUACAGUCCGACCGCAGGAGCCCAGCACAGACCCAGCAGACAUCUCGGACCAAAAUGGACUCCUGGCAGGAUCCAGACGGGAACCGAACACGUUCCUCGGACUCUCCGAGCCUCCAUGGACCGACCGGGGAGUCCUCCAUGGAGGCUUCUGGUUUCUUUGGAUCGGACACAGAAGAACGAGACGGAGGCGAGGAUGGUGGAGCGGCCCGAGACAGAAGAGACGGAGGGGACGAGUGGAUGGACGUCCAUCAUGUCUUCAAGAGGACGAGAGCUAUUCUGGACUUGGAUGCUAUGAUUGGCUACAGUCCUCCGUCCCCCCCCCUCCAUGCUGGGUCUCAGCAGCAGCGUGAGGAGCUUUGGGAGGCGGAUGCUCACUCCAGCGGUUUCGGGGCCCUCCGCUCCUCUUCGACAUCACCCCCCCCUGAGUCUGACACAGGCACAGACUUUGGUCUGCUAGGGGUCAAAGGCGAGGAUGAAAGACAUGUCAAUGUUACUGUGGACCCCCCCGACAAAGGUGGCGUGUGUGGACUGGACGCAGCCCGACGGACACGGCUACGUCAUCCUCAACAUGACACACAACCUCAACUGUGUAAGUACACCUCAUCCUCGCGCUCAUCUCACUUAAAUAUGUGUGUGUGUGUGUGUGUGACACAGGAGGAGUUCAGUGUGGAUGGCGGCGUGCGCCUGCUUAAGACGAUGGAGCAUCUGUUUGCUCGCAGGAUGAAGAGCCCAGAGGGAACAUGGCGACUUUACCUGAGCAAGCCCACACACCAACAGCGUCAGAUGCUCAUGCAUGUGAAGUCUGAACAUGGCGUGAUCUCCACCCAGGUUCUUCUGAGUAUGCUGACAGAAAUGAGCAUCAGUUUAAAUAAGGUGGGCGUGCAGAACUACGGCGCUCCCAGCACGUGUCCGCCUCGGCCCAGUCAGACGCACAGUGACUACAGCAAACUCUUUGUGGUUUUGGUCAUCAUUGGGUCGGUCUGCAUGGUCAUAAUCGCGUCAGGGUUUUUCUACAUCUGCUGGCAGAGACGGCUGCCUGCUACCAAGAGCACGUUUCGCGCAGAGGAGCUUCAUUUUGUGGAGAACGGUUGCCACGACAACCCCACUCUGGACGUGGCAGGCGACAGCCGGUCCGAGACGCAGGAGAAGAAGCCCAGCGCCAACGGACUAGCAGGCGGGGCCGAGGGAGGCGGGGACGAAAGCAGUGGCUGGCAGGUGUUUGUGAAUCAAGCAGCGGCCGAGGAAGAGGAAGAGGAAGAGCAGGACACACACCUCUGAUGACAUCAUCACAAGGACUUAGCCGUGCUAGCUGCUAGCUUCUGAUCAGCGUUCAUCACUUUGAGAUUUGAUGGAAAUGAAGCACUUUAAAGCCUGAAUUAUGCUUCGGCGUCACCACCAGUUGGCUCCUCCUCCUUCAGACCCUCCGACUGAGCUUCGGAAAGAUUAAAACUUUAUGUCAACGGCGCACCAAAACACAAGUAACAACUUUGACUCAAAUGAAGUAAUAAUAAAUACCAGCUGUAGUUGCGUGCGCUGCCCACUAGUGGUUUGGCAGAGAACUGCAAGUCACUGCAGAACUGGAGCAGAAUCAAGACGCCAUCAGAGGGACCGGUUUGGUGCCGACUCUGAAGCGUGGUUCAAACAUUACACGACAGCAGAAGAUAACAUUGCCGCUGUUAGCUUAGCCUGCAGCCGUGUGUGUGUGUUAUGCUAACUGGCAGCCAUUUAAUAAGAGUAAGAAAAUACAUUAUGUUAACUGAGAUAGAACAUAAAGGAUGGCCAGUGGGCUACAUUGUGCUCGGCUACCAACAUCCGUAUGAAAGUUGAGGUGAAAUGGAAUUGAGCGCCUGUUAAAGUGCUUGCGGCUGAAACGUGCAUGACAACAAAGCUUGAUGUACAUAUAGACUUCAAGCCCGUAGAAUAAUACUGGAUGGUAAAUGAAUACUGUUCCUCAUAAAGGUCAAUGCUCUGCACACAUGCGCACUGCAUCAAGGAGAAUGUUGCUACUACAAAUGAACAAAAACGUGAAUAAAUCUUCAUGAAAUUCAACGUUUGCGUUUGUUUGCUCUGUUAACGCAGUCACUUGUAUGUA